AUGCCGCCGGGUUUAGUUAAAGCGGAGGUUAAACAACUAGUGUUAAAAGUUUUGUUGGAAGAGCAGGUGCUUGUAUUACCGCUGCCUGAGCCUACUACCCCUGUAGGGGAUGUUGCUGCUCCUCUAAGCCCAGUGGUGUCUGGGGGCGAGGCUAAAGCACCUGCCACAUUGCCCCGUUUUGAUCCACUCUCCCCACUUUCAACCGGUGAUGCCAGGAGGGAUGUCCGUUCCAUACAGUUCCAACUUGAGGCAGAACGAGAACAGCGGCAGUUCCAGUUGGAGAUGUGUAAACUUGAGGCAGAACGAGAACAGCGGCAGUUCCAGUUGGAGAUGUGUAAACUUGAGGCAGAAAAAGAACGAGAACAGCGGCAGUUAGAUAUGGAGAUGGGUAAAAUUGAGGCAGAGUUAAAAAUGCGCCAGAUGGAACUGGAGGCAGAGACAGCGAGGCUAGCCUUCAGGCCUGCAGCGACUGCACGACAAGAGAGUGACGUGAUAGAUUUGUCGAAAACUGUUCUGUUCAAAGAGGAUGACCAAGAGGAUGGGUUGUGUGCUAUCUCUGGGAAGCUGAUCACCUCUGACAAACAGCCCAGGAAAGAAGAGAAGAAUGAAGAACUUAUUGCUGAUGCAAUACAGUUACCAGUCACUCGUGAGCAGCUGGUUGCUAACCAAAAGAGGAGGAUGAGUUCUGCGGAGGAGAGAAAGGACCAUGACAUGCACUGUGAGAAGGCGGUGGCCCUCAUCAUUGACCUCUGUCUGGACGACAGCCCACUGUUGCAGCCCAACACCUGCCAGGACUUCAUCACACUGGCCACCAACCCAAACUCUGCAUGGUCAGAUAUCUCCUUCAGCUUCCUGCUCCUGUUGUUCGUGGCCUGUGGCCUGGCCCUGCUGGGCGUCAUCGUCUUUGCCUCCUGGAAGCUGUGCUGGCUGCCCUGGUGCACCAAGGACCUCUCCUCCAGUGCCACCGCCCUUGCCCCCGCCGCCGGCCCCCCCUCCUCUGCCUCUGACAGACCCUACGACAGAGCCUUCUCAGCACAUGCCCACAGGCCUACAUUCGUACGCGCACACACGCAUGUGCACGCCAUGGCGUCUGACAACCUGAAUCCUUCGGAUUUGGCGAGUUUCCUGGAGGCGGCGGUGAAGAUCAGCCACACGUCACCUAACAUCCCUGCCAAGGUGCAGCUGUCCAUGAAAGACCACUUCCUACGCCGCACGCGCAUGGCCAGGCAGACCACCGAGCCUGCCUCCUCCAAUAGGCACAGCUCCUUUAAGAAGCACCUCCCCCGACAAAUUCAACAUGUCACCAGCCUUGACCGAGGCAGCGACUUCCCCUAUGCAGAGGACCAAUCCACCAGCCUGGCCAGUUUGGGUCGCAUCCAGCCAGAGCUCUACAAACAGAGCCCCCUGGAGGCCGACGAGUCCUCCAAGACCUGUGGCAAGAUCAACUUCUCCCUCAAGUACGACUAUGAGUCCGAGGCGCUCUUCGUCAACAUCCUCAAGGCCUUCGACCUGCCUGCCAAGGACUUAUGCGGCAGCUCCGACCCCUACGUCAAAAUCUACCUCCUGCCUGACCGCAAGCACAAGUUUCAGACUCGCGUCCAUCGCAAGACUCUCAACCCGAUGUUUGACGAGUCCUUCCAGUUCACAGUGCCCUACGAGGAGCUGGGCAGCAGGAAGCUGCACCUGAGCAUCUUUGACUUUGACCGCUUCUCCAGCCACGACAUGAUCGGCGAGGUCAUCCUAGAGAACCUGUUUGAGGCGUCGGACCUCUCUCGCGAGACGGCCAUCUGGAAGGACAUUCAGUACGCCACCUCUGAGAGUGUAGACCUGGGGGAGAUCAUGUUCUCUCUCUGUUACCUGCCAACCGCAGGCCGACUCACCAUGACCAUCAUCAAGUGCAGGAACCUCAAGGCCAUGGACAUCACAGGAUACUCAGACCCAUAUGUCAAAGUCUCCCUGGAGAGUGACGGACGGCGCUUGAAAAAGAAGAAAACCACCAUCAAGAGGAACACUUUAAACCCCACCUAUAACGAAGCUAUCAUCUUCGACAUCCCCCCUGAGAACAUGGACCAAGUCAGCCUGCACAUAUCCGUCAUGGACUAUGACUUGGUGGGACACAAUGAGGUCAUAGGUGUGAACAGAGUCGGCAGUCAUGCAGAGGGGCUGGGUAGAGACCACUGGAACGAGAUGUUGGCCUAUCCCCGCAAGCCCAUCGCUCACUGGCACCCUCUACUGGAGGCCACCAAGUCUCAGAAAGAGUGGAAAACCCGCACUGCAAGCUUUGACAGCCAAGGCUCCUGUCCCUCUCCAAGACUUCUGUCUAGUCCAUGAGGGAGGAGCCAGAAUGUAUUCUACACUACUCUACGAAGCCUGCCCUGCAGCAAGGCCUGAAAUAUUGGAGUGUCCCAGACCCUGUGCCUCAA